CAAACACUCCCCUCAAAAUUUUUUUUUUUUUUUUAAACACACACUCACGCACAAAAUACUUCCAAAACCCCUUUUUCUCUUUCUCCUUCCUCAGUCUCUCUCCACUUCUAGCCAUAUAGCUUUGCAGUUUACUCCAUCACAUUCCAAAUUAAAACCCCAAAAUGACGUCAAACAGCACCGAUCACCCGAGGAGUUCCAACCGAACCGCCAUAGAAGACGACCACGAGGACGACCUCAGCAUCAGAGACAUCCACGCCCUGACCCCACCUCACCCCCCUCCGCCGCCGCCCACCCGCCUCCGACGGAGAGACCCAUCAGCUUGGGAGACCGGCAGCCACCGCUCCUCCCUCUCCGCAGGCAGCGACGGCGCCGCGUCCAGCGACAACUUCACCACCAUGAGCAACGAAUUCAGCGCCCUCGUCCUCGCCGGAUCGGCGCUGGGUGGAGCCGCUGGCGACCCCGACGGUGCCGGGAACAACCUGGGGAGGAUCGGAGAGGAGGAGGAGGAGGAGGAGACGAACCCGCUGGCCAUCGUGCCGGACAGCGGGAGGAGAUUGGAGGCGGCGGCGGCGUCGCCGAGACAGGGGAGGACGGCAGCGGGGGGAGGAGAGGUGACGGUGGAGAGAGUGAAGAAGGAGGAGGUGGAGACGAAGAUAAGGGCGUGGGAGACGGAGGAGGUGGCGAAGGUGAACAAUAGGUAUAAGAGGGAAGAAGCUGUAAUCAACGGGUGGGAGAACGAGCAGGUGCAGAAGGCUACCUCCUGGAUGAGCAAAGUUGAGAGGAAAUUAGAGGAGAAGAGAGCCAGAGCACUGGAGAAGAUGCAGAAUGAAAUUGCAAGAGCACGCAGAAAAGCAGAGGAGAGAAGAGCAUCAGCUGAGGCCAAGAGAGGAACCAAAGCGGCCAAGGUUCUCGACAUUGCCAAUUUGAUGAAAGCUGUUGGAAAGGCUCCCACCAAACGCUCCUUCUUCUAAUUAACUCGUACCCUUUUCAAAGAACUUCUUCUAUUUCACUUUCAAUCUUGCAGAGACAUGAAUAAGGCACCCUCUGAACAGGAGGGUACCCCUUAAUGAAAUGGGGCAGUGAGAAUAUUAGUCUAUUUCACUUAUUCCCUCCCCACCACCCAAAAGAAAAAAAUAGAUACAUGAAUUUAUUUGGGGGGUGCUCUGUGUCCUUUUUUCCCUUCUUUCUUUUUGGGCAUGCAAGUAAUUGAUCCGCACUGUGAAUUGUCUCAAGAGUUUUGGAGAGCCUGUUGGUGUUGCUGGUGAACAAUUUUUAUUUCAGGAUUUGUUGUACAGUUGGUGCUCUGUUUUUUUGGGUUGUUAGGGAGUGGUUGUCACCCAAACACUAUACUUAUAAAUUUUAAGCUUAAAGAAGUUCGGUUUGGUGUA